AUGCUAUUCCUCUUCACCCUCGCCACCGCAGGACCAGCGGCGGCUGUUGCCCUAGCUGCCCCACAGAUCACUGCUGCUCCCAGCGUUGCAGCUCUAGCCAGGCGUGCCGAUGUCACCGAUUCCUCCUAUCUCUCUGCUGCCUCCUCAAUGUGCGCCAAAAACAAUUGGGACUGUUGCUCUCUCACCACCGGUCCGUUGGCUGUUCCGACGCCUGAUACAGCCGCCUCAUUCGUGGCCGAUCCUUCUUUUUCGAGCCUCGCCAUCAAUGCACCCACCCCGACAGGCUAUACGAGCGCUUUUACCAAUGCGGAUGGAAGCAUACAACAAUCAUUUGGCUAUCGUGGAUACACCCAGUUGAGCAGCUACGAUCCUAGCCAGUGUGCGACAUUCUGCAAUCAAGAUGAUCUCUGCCGCGGGUUCAACAUAUACGUCCAGCGCGAUCCGAUUCUUCGUCCGGCUUACAGCGUCUGCACCGAUCCUCCAUCAACAGGUACCAUCGGCUGCACGCGCUGGGGUUACCCGAUCAAUCAAGCCAAUGCAAGCAACGACGGCUCCUGGCAGGCGAGUUUUAGGGUUGCGAUUGCAGGGUCCAACGGCUACAACAGAAACCAUGAAACCAUCCCCGAAAAGGCUAUCCCUAACUUUGCAGCUCCGGUCAAUAUCUAUGGCGCGGCGAUUCAGGAUGACAGUUACUACAUGGUCGUAGACCACAAAGACCAGUCGGCCUUUGACCCUGCCAUUUGCGCUACGGACUGCCAGGAGAACACUGCUUACAACCAACUUCACUCCAACGGUGAACCCUACAUAACUUGCACCACUUUCAAUGCGUACAUUUCGCUGAAAAAUGGAAUUGCUGAGGGUACUCGUUGUGUUCUAUUUAGCCAGACUGUGAGCAAUAUCGCUCAGAAAGCAACAAACACAGGCGAAACACGAGGAAUUGAUGUCUACACGAUUGGAGAAUCCUAUGCCUAUGUGCUGAACUCGUCUUAA